AGAAAAUAUAAAAGAUGGCUUAAGCUGAUCUAAAAGUAGUUGUUAAAAAUGCUGAUAUGUCAGAAGAAAUGUAACUAGAUGCAAUAGAUUGCGUAAAACAGGCUUUGAAAAAGAUCGAUAUUGAAAAAGAUUUACCUGUACAAAAUCUUAAAUAUUAGGCAUUCAUCACAAAGGAGUUUGAUAAAAAAUAUAAUCCAACUUGGCAUUGUUUUGUUGGUAGAAACUUUGAUUCAUAAAUCACAACUGAAACUAAGCAUUUUAUUUAUUUCUAUGUGGGAAAUGCUGCCAUCCUCCUCUUUAAAAGUGGAUGAAAAUUAUAUAUUUAUGUCUAUAUCCAUAAAGUUAUGCCUUGUC